CCUGCUGUCUCUAGAGCCCAGAUCUUGGUGUGGUGUACUGAUAAAUCUCUAUACCUCGUCACUGCGGCAGGGGGCAGGGAACACAGCACGGUUCUGCUUCGAGAAAGUUCUGACUCCUCUGAUAACCAGAUCAGUGCAGUAUCUCCCAUCCACUCCCUUCCAAGUAUGGUGCUCUUACAUUAUUGGAACAGUACAGUGGAGCUUUUCGAUGUUGCCAGAUGUGAACCAGUUUGUCAGUUUGGUCUGCCAUCAACUCAUAUGCUUACAAGCCCUUGGCAGCCAGUUUGUGCUCUUGAUACGGAUAAUCUCAGCCUUUUUCUUAAAGGUAAUGAGAAAGUGACACCUGGAGAGGCUUUAUCUGCAAAAAAUGACAGUUGCACAAUCUUCGUCUUCAGUCUGAACAUGCUAGUAAAAACACAAAAACCUGUUGGGGUCUCGUCCCAAAAUUUACCAUGGGAACAGAAGUGCAAACUACUUUUACAGUCAAGG